ACAAAACACUCGGAUUCUGUUUCAAACCGGUGAAGGAAUUUUGAUCCAAGGAAAUCCACGACCGUUUCCACUGACGCUAUGAACAAUUCGCUACAGCUCUGGGACGGUAAUCUUUCUUUCAUAACGAGACCAGUUCCUCAUGUAUCAGCUCCAAACGAAGUUAUCGUCAAGGUUUCAUAUUCAGGUGUAUGUGAUAUAGACGUACGAAUACUUGCAGGAGAACUACCAGUUAGUCAUUGCGUCGUCCUUGGCCAUGAGUUCGCUGGUGUGGUCAGUGAGGUUGGCACUGAAGUUAAGAAUGUUUCUAUCGGUGAUCGAGUGGUAAUUAAUCCACACAUGAGCUGCCACUUGUGUUGCCACUGUACAAGAGGACAACCAGAAUUCUGCGAAAAAGAGCAAGAUCAAUUUCUAGGGAUAUGGCGGAAUGGAGGUUGGUCACAGUACACUAGAGUGAGGGCGCAGAACGUACAUGUACUGCCACCACAAGUAUCGCUCCGCCAUGCAAUCUUAUGCGAACCUAUUUCUUGUAUUCUCCAUGGAUUCAGUUUUCUCCAUCCCUUGCCAACCAAUUCCAAAAUACUAGUAUACGGUUCUGGGAUCAUGGGAACCCUGUGGUUGUGUAUACUACAUUUCCAUGGCUACCGUAAGGUUGUCUUGAGUGAAACGUCAGAACACCGUCGUAACUUAGCAACGGGGUUAAACUUAGGGUUCAAAGUCAUGCAUCCAGAUACAAUAGAAGCUGAAGCUUACGAUGGUCAACGGCUUGACAAAAACUGGGGAUUUGACGCUCUAAUCGACUGCACAACCUCUGCUAGUGAUUUUCAAAAGUCUGUCAAAUGGAUGACAAAUGGCGGGAAAAUCCUUCUCUUCGGGUGCUAUCCUCAAGACUCUGAAGUCAAACUGAACCCUUACGACAUCUUGAACAAGGAACUCAAGAUAUACGGCUGUAAAUCCAAUCCUUUUACCUUCCCACAAGCCAUACAGCUUGUCAGGGAUAUGGCAGAAAUAUACUUUAAUUUUGACAAACUCGGAAUUCAUUUAUUUCAGUUAACGAAGUACGAGACUGCCUUGUCUUCUCUUACCAAAGAACACGUAGAAAAAGUGGUUUUUGAAACAUAAAAGCUUGAAAUAAAUUUUUUAAAUACAAUUGAUAAAAGCGUUCCAUCGAAAACGAGCACCAUACACAAACUCAAUUUAUUUUUGAUGGCUACACACCUAUUUUACAAAAUGCUAAUAUAUUUUUCUUAAGCUUUAAGCUUUGACAAAAUUUAACUUCAGUAAUAAAUGUCUAUUAUCGAGAUAAAAUGUCUCCAAAUUUUUUCUCAAACUUUUUGUUUGUCGCUUCGUCCAUGAUGACUGUAGCGGUUAAGAAACCAUCCUCAUCAGCCUCAGUUUCGUGUACUACGGCUUCGUGAUAUAACCAACUGUAAGGAUAAAGAAUAACAGGAUUAGCUUGCGAUUGAAUGGUGUGUUUUGAGAAAAAGACUACAUUCCGGGCGUUGAGUGCAUCUCACAGCCCCCUCACAGCCGUAAUUACAUACAUUUACAGCAUUUUAAAGGGGUCCCUCUCCGCCCAGGAUAUAGUCUUCUCUCGUAUCUUGAUGCUUCACAACGAUAACCACUUGAAAGCCACUUUUCUUAGUUCCUAACAUUUCAAUUAUUAAAAAUCAUAAAGAGUAAA